AUGUCUAAAAGAAAGGAUAAUACUCAUGGAGAACACCCACCACCAGAUAGUACAACCAAAGAGAAGAUAUCAUUUUCUGUUGGUGAUGAAGUCCUCAUGCAACAGAAGGAUGGAAAUUUCUAUUUGGGAACUGUUGUUAAGAUUGAUUCUUUGAGGGAGCAAUGCCAGGUCAAAUUCGGGGACAACACCGAGAGUUGGUCAAACUACUCGAAGCUAACAAAGCUCUCUACAGGUCUGGGAAUCAUGUGCGUCAAAUGCAAAGUAUCUCAAACCGAAACAGACAAUGAUAUUAUCAUUUGUGACAAGUGUUCAAGAGGAUAUCAUCAAAGGUGUCAUGUCCCUGAGGUGAGCGAAGAGUUCCUUAGUGAUGAAGCGAAAUGGGAGUGUUCACGGUGCUGUGAUCCCGCAUCGUUGAAGAGGACGCAGCCACAGCGAAAGUCUACUUCCGUGACACCUGUACCACCACCUCCACCUCCACUUCCUCCUCCACCCCCUCCCCCAGCUCCUAAGGUUGCAUCUCCUGUGCCGUCUCUGCCGAUUCCUCCUGCACCUGUAGUGGCAACAACUGCUGUUUCUCCGUGUGCAGUUGUGAACCCUUCGGGCCCACCAGUAGCCACCGAAGCCCAAAAGAAAAAGUUACCGUAUAAUCUAAAUGAUCUCCAUUGGGACUUACAACAUAGAUCAAACACUGAAAAUAAGUACUGUUAUUGUGGUGGACCUGGAAAAUGGUUUCUGAAAAUGCUGCAAUGUGGCAGAUGUAGGCAGUGGUUUCACGGAAGGUGUUUAGUCUCUUUGCGUUAUCCGUUAUUUUUCGGUGACAGAUUUUAUGUAUUUGUUUGCACUCUAUGUAAUUCGGGAAAAGAGUUCCUGAGGAGGUUAGAAGUGAAAUGGAUUGAUUUAGUGCAUUUAGCAGCGUUUAAUUUAACAUUAAAGACGGCUAAGAAGUAUGAAGACGUCGACGCAGACAUAAUGAAGUUCGUUAAUAGUAACUGGAAUGAGCUUCAGCUUCCACCAAAGAUUUUAGAGACUAGUGAAGCAGAAAGAAGAGAUAUAGUAUUGUCCGUUUUUACUAGCAAUAGAAAUAGAUUUAAAUGUGCUAGGGAAGAUAAGAGUCGGACAACAAAAUGGGGUUUGAGGGUUCGCGUUCCACCUCCUACUCCUGUAUUUAGUCUUCCUCCUAAUAAACCGUUGUCCGACCAAGUUCUUUCUGACGCUUGGAAUAACAGUGCACGGCUCAAGUUCCUACCUCCUCCGCCAAGGAGUUUAUUACCAACCAAGCCUGGGGACGAUUUCGACCUGAACGAUUUAAAGGAUAAGCUCCCAGGUAUCGAUAUCCUCCAUAUAGAGACAAGACUUUUAGUGCUUCCAAAAGGAGUGCCUGCCAGUGGUCAUAAUGUGUGUAUUAAAAGUUCAACACCCAUUUACCCUGAGUCGAGAGCGAUCAAAAGGCGAAUUAAAGAACAAGGGAUUGAAACAGAAAGGUUACGUAAAUCAAGGAAAGCCAGGCGUAUGUUAAGGAGCUCUCUUAAUAACAAGGAUGGGAAAGAGAGGCAGGACCUUCCCCCUACACCCCCAUCGUCCGAGAGCAACCCUGAAGUGGCCAAUGCCCAGCCAGACACCAGUGGUGAUGAAACUUCUUCACGAGGUACUUUAGAUUCAAUUAUACCUCCUCCUGCAGACUUUGAGGGCAGGAAUAAUCCAUUCCUCGGAGGCAUUGCACCUAUCCUUCGGCCUGUCAAAAGGAGGCUGUCGGAAAAAGAUAUUAUUAUCACUAGUACUGGCGAGGUCAAGCGGAGAAAAGUUAGAAGAACAAUGAACAAGAUUGGAGGUAGAGGGGUUGAAGGAGGUGGCCGAGGCAGGCUUAGGAAACACCAGAAGUGUACACCAAAUUCCUCGCCCGUGAAAGGCCAGCCGCCUCAGACGAUCGAGGAGCUGAAGAGUUCUGUGAACCAAUACUUUGGUGCUGUAAACAGGAUAGCGUCCGGUGCCAAGUUUACAAUACGCGCUAAAAGGAUAUCUCUAGACGGAACCACGCAGUACUUAAUCAACUGGGGGACCCCGACGUAA